UAAUAUUUUGUUGUCGUGCAACUAGUGACGGGUAAAAACCUUUUAACAAGUGAAAUCACUUCUAUUAUAAAUAUCGUUUUUAAAUGCCUUCUGAGAUUAGGACCAUUUAUAGUCACAAAAGCGUGACUGUAUAGACAUUUCACAAAUUGUAGAUGUUCGAAAGGACACAGCACAUACAUUUUAAUGAAACACACACAGCAAGUACAUUUGGGCAAAGCGGACAAAGUACUAUUUUGUGCGUUGCAUGGACUUACGAAUGACAUAACAUUUAACGUUAAGGUGCCGUCGCGCUCACAGCUCUAUUCGCAUUUGGAGGAUACUACUUUAUCUUCCAGUUCCAAUAUAAGAACGGUAAACCAAUACGCAAUUACUAGCUUGCGUGGAAAUAAAUGGAAAGACCAUGGACCGUGACCCAGAAGGCCAUCAUUUCAUGUCCCUGAGACUUUCCAGAGUUCUGAGGGACAUCGGCGUCACCAGACAGAUGGUGACUCGGAGGAGGAGGACAUUCCUGUUUGCGGAGAAGGUUUCAACUGUUAAUAGACUUAUAAGAUGUGAUGCAAAGUAUAACGCGUUUGUUUUUGGUAGCCAAUCGGAAGGAACAACAACUCUAGGCAUGAAUUCAGAUAUAGAUACUUUUGCAUGGGAAAAACAUUUUAAUGUGAUAAAAUAUUGGUCAGAAUGGGAGCAAGGGGAGACGAAUCUUUUGAUAAUAAAGAACGAUUGUUCUCCGCCCCAACACUGCUGUUUACAGAUGGUGAGACAUGACUGUCCUUUGCCCGUCACACGGGAGAUGGCGACAGCAAAUUUGGAUAUGGCGGAGACAAUGGAUGGCAUGGUGCUACUGAAAAACACUUGGUUGGAUAAUCCAAUGGAGCAGAUAUUUGGUCGGUUAUUUAGGAAACAAGGGCCCUCAAGAAGUGCUUUGAAAUACUUAGACGUAAUAGUCGCGUUAAAAUACAGCGGACUGUUGUUUGAAUGCAAUUUCCUAUUCACAAGACCAAAGCCUGGUCACUGGCCGAGACCUGAAAUACUCGCGCAGGCACGUCAGUGUGAAACCUUCCUCGUUCCACAAGGACACGCUGAGAGUGAUCAGUCACAACUGGAAUGGAGGUUUUCUACGUCAAUGAUUGAAAGACUGCUCAUGUUUGAUCUUAAUAUUUUGAAAAUACAGGUUUAUAUAUUUCUUAAAAUCUUACGAACGUCUUUUUUCAAACCGUUAGUUGGUGAUAGACUUAGCACGUUUCAUUUCAAAACAGCUCUAUUAUUCACCCUAGAGACAUAUCCACCAGAGAUCUGGCAGGAGCGUAACCUGCUGCAGUGUGUUAUAUACUGCCUGAAAACUCUUCAACGAUGGUUCAACCUUCGGCACUGUCCACAUUACACAAUCUCGGGAGUGGACCUGUUUGUAGGAAAACUGAGAAAAUGGGAAUUUCCUCUCCUGUCAGCCGUUCUGUCUGACAUGAUAGACAACAUCAUGGACUAUGUCUCCCAGAUAGAAAUGGACCAAAUAGGGGUGAGGAUUGGUAACAUAUGCAGAUCAGUCAGUACAGGAUAUCAGAACUCAUUAACUACAGUGAGGUUCUGCUUUGAUUGGACUUUAAACGAUAUAUUCGAAUUGUAUUGGAGAUGCACGAUUGAAAGAAUUGACAUUUCUAAAACAAGGAGCAUUCUCAUAAAGGUUCGUGAGAUUCUUUAUGACUCCUAUAUAUGGGAAGAAUUACAGCAUGCACAGACGUUCCUAUACCAAUAUCUUGCCUCCGUGACAGCAUCUAGGUGUCUUCGCCUGAAAAAUCGAAUACCAUCAGACGUUUACCGCCUGUACGAGGUCUCUCUAGACUCAGAUCUCACCUCCAGCAGAUUGAAGUUUGCAUCUAUGAUGUACUGCAGUGGUCAGUAUGAGAGGGCUAAACAGGUGUUGGUCUACACGGAGGCGCUGAUGCAUGCCGAUGUGUGGCAGUACGGUCGGUUUUCAGGAAGGUCUCAACAUAAGCCUACUGAGAGGUUUAUUCAAAAGGUUUUUGAGCUGCCUGUUUCGGAAGUUAUAAAACGGCAUGUUGCAUGCUCCGUUGUUUUUAAUUCAUUAGAAAUAUGUUGUGUACCUGGGUUCCUAGUAUACGAGAUGCAUAGAACGAUUCGCCCUGAAGAUUUUCACCACAGACGUAAAUCAUUCGAUGAUUGGAUGGACCUUGUAGUGAUUGACUCCAAACCCUUUAUGUUCUACCUGCAGUACCUCACAUUCAGACAACUAGGGGAAGAAGAGAGAAGAUUGGAAGCACUCGAUAAGCUACACAACUACGUUUGUGUUGAGAGUCGAGGGUGUGGUUAUAUAGAUACAGCCCUGAAUGUACUUGGUCACUGCUAUGAACUGGAGAACUUGUAUGAACUUGCAUGGACAGGCUACAGAAAAUCCCUCGGGCUCCUUCCUUACAACAACGCAGCUAGCUGGCAUAUAGCCUUGGCAUGUUACAGAGAAUUUCUAAAAGAAUUUCCCGACAACAACGCAGCAAUAUGGCAUUUAGCCUUGACUACUGUGAAAUCAUUAAUGUUCGUGGGGCAUUAAUGUUCGUGGUUUUCGUGGGUUGGGUGAUCCACGAAUUCAAGAUCCCACGAAAUAAAAACCCUUUAUUCACUUUUUCAAUUGCCUUGUUACGUACAUACUCUACUGUAGUAUAUUAUUUACAGAGGUCGCAGUAUACAGUUUUAACACCUGUCUCACUGUAUAACUUACGAUCAUUAUUCUGUUAAUAUAUAAUAACUGCCUUUAACAAAUAAUGAACCAAAUCAAUUAAAUGUGUUUUAUGAACCAAAUGACAGUUAUAAGCACGUGUUUAAACGUGCGCUGUUAAUGAAAAUCUCCAAGUUUACAAGAUGUGCGUGAUAAGUGUCCAUACUCGAUUUUUUUUAUUUAAUGAAAUAAUUAAUCGAUUACUAGUACAUCGAAGGUUACUAAGCACCGAACGUGACAACAUACGCAACGUUUCGGUGUUUUCACAGUUUGCAAAAUUCUUAAUUGGCAUUCAAUGGCUUCCCCUAUCUGUAUCUAUGAUCAGGGUACAUCUUCGUUUAUUACCUUUAUUCCCAAUUAAAUCGAUAAGUGACAUGGUUAUAUGCACUAAUUGGCAUGUCGUACCAUAUUGGCGAGUGUCAUAAACCGAGUGACAUAGAAGACGGAAAUCACGGGCCAGCGCGUGGAUAUUAUGCAGACGAUCUAGGACGAUCGCAUCUUCGAUUUCAUUUUUUUUUCAAAAAUGAAAAUCCACGAAUUCAAGUACCCACGAAAUUGUUUUUUAUUUCGGCAAACCACAAAAUUUCAUGCCCACGAACAUUAAUGAUUUCACAGUAUUUGAAGUCUGUUUUUUGGUGCCCUCGAGGCCAUGAAAGUGUUUCCGUUAUAAGGUUCGACCCAGCUUCUUCUCUGAUGAGAAUUUGUUAUAGUGUCAAUAGACAACUGGUACCAUGUGUUUUUAUUUCAUAAAUCAAUGAAUUAACGUUAAGUGAUUGAUGAAGAAGAAACAGUUAAACCAUCUGGUUACAUAACAUGCUUUGUUGAAAUAUACAGACAUCUUAUUUAAACAGUGUUUAAAGGAUUUCGUGUACCCAUGCAUAUGUAAGCUUUAUUAAUAAAAGAACUCAUGUAUCUCACGAUGGCAAAUAUAUAAACAUAUGUUGCUGUGGGUGUUUUUAUAUUUUCUUAAAAAUAAUCUCCUUCAAUAUUAAUUGGGCAACAAGGGGCAAUACGUUCGUCCUCUCUCCAUUCAACAAUCAUGUUGAUUUAGUAUAUAUUUGAGGAUAACACGUCGGAAGAACUAUAGUAUUGUUCCAUUACGGCUCUUUCUUUUCGAAAACAGACCGAAGAUUUUGUUUCCUUUUCUGAUAACCAUCACUAGCAUAAUCCUUUUGUUAACGUUUUGUUGUCGAUUUCGAACAGACAAGGAUGUAUUGUGUAUUAUUUAGGCGAGAAUUAUUUAUUAAUGGGCUGUUUUAGUAAAGUGUUAUAUUGUGUAUAACGUAUGUGUUUGCAUUUGUGUACAAUAUAUUAUAUUAUAAUAUAUUAUAAUAGAAAGUUAAUCGAU